AUGGAAUUUGAUGGAAGUUACGCCAACUCUAGUUCAGGAGCAGGGGUAGUUCCGCUUUCUCCUAAUGGUAAUGUUUUUCCUUUUUCUUUCAAGUUGGAUUUCAAGAAUACCAAUAACACUGUGGAAUAUGAGGCAUUACUUUUAGGGUUGAAUGAAGCCAAAUGUAAGGGCAUAAAAUUGUUUAAGGUGAAAGGUAUAUCAAGAGAGCAAAAUACUAGGGCAGAUUCAUUGGCUGUUUUAGCUUCUCUCUUGUUACCACACCCAGACUUUAAGAAUGAUUCUUAUAGAGUUGAAAUGAUUUAUAGACCUAGAGUACCUGACAAUGUGAAUCAUUGGCAAAUAUUUGAUACAGAUGCUCAGAUUAAAGAUUUUCUAGAGUGUGCCCGUUCCUUUGCUCAAUCAUAUUUUGAGGGUUCUGAGGAUAGUUGUUAUAAUCAAAUUGGUGUUGUAGAAAAUGAACAGCAUAAGACCACAUUUAUCACCCCUUGGGGAACGUUUGCAUAUAAUCAUAUGCCUUUUGGCAAACUGUUGGGGCACAUCAUUUCAAAGGAAGGCAUCAAGAUUGAUCCUGAAAGAGUCAAUGCAAUCCAACACCUCGGCCUACCUUCAAAUCGGACUGGAGUAAGGUCAUUUUUCGGUCAGGGAUGUGAAAAAUGUCAAUUCUUAUCUGGAAGACCACAAUUACCUACUCUACCUUUGAAACCUGUGGUAGUAGAUGAACCUUUCAGACGAUGGGGUAUUGAUUUUGUAGGCCCAAUAAAUCCUCAUUCCAGUGCUGGCCAUAUGUACAUUCUGACAGCAAUGGAUUAUUUUACUAAGUGUGUGGAGGCUAUCCCCACUAAGAAGGCGAACUCAGAGGUAAUAUGUGAUUUUCUCAAACAUUGCAUUUUAGUUCAUUUUGGGGUCCCUCAGAAGAUUGUUGUAGAUAAUGCAUCAUAUUUGUCUUCUGAGGAAUUGACCAUGUUUUGUUAUGAACAUCAAAUUACUCUUUCUCACUCCUCCGAUUACUUCCCGCAAGGUAAUGGGUUGGCAGAAUUGAGCAACAAGAACCUGGUAGCAAUCAUGAAGAAGUUAGUUGAUGAUAAUGCCUAG